ACAAUAUUAUUCCAUAACAAUUUUAUUUAUGGUAAUUAAACUACAAAAGUAAACUUUAUUUAUACUAAUAAAUAGGGUAGGAUAAGAGAUAACAAUUUGUAAAGUUGAUCGUCUAUUGUUACCCUAUUCUCUGAUCGUUCUCAUCAUGUUAUCGCCGCCACCACAGUCGCCUCUGCCGUGCCAAUACGGAGGAUCCUCAAGUGAAUCAGAUUCCUCAAGCGAAUCGGAUUAUCCGUCGUCGUUGAAGAAACAAAAAGUGGAUGAAGAAGAUGGAGAAUCCAGCGAUUGCGAAAGUGAGCAACCUUUAUCAUACUCUCUUUCAGAUACAAGCGAAAACGACUUGGAUAUCGAAGAAGCAAUUGAAGAGUUAUAUUGCCCUGUCGGUCCCGGUGAAAAGAAGGCGGAUAAAGCUGUUUGGGAUAGGUACUUCGACCAGAUCCGUGAGAGUGAGGGAUUUGACAUUAAGGAUUAUCCCGGUUCGUGUCCACUAACUAGCAUUUACCCCAUGACUAACUACUUAGACACUCCUGCCAAUGUUGAAAUGUUGAAGGAUUAUUGUGCAAAGGCACUUGAGCAUUACAAUACGGACAAUGGCACCAAAUAUGAGGUCGACCGUAUUGUCAAGGUUAAUGAAGGUGGAUGUCAAGGCUUCGUUUACUAUAUUACCUUUACGGUCAAAAAUGGCGACAGUGAAUAUUUUCAAGCUAAGGUGGUGGAACAUAUAAAUAAGAAUAAACCUUUGGAGUUCCCAAUUGUUAGGCCAAGGGUGAAGGGAGGUUUGGACAUAUAGUGAUGUGAAGUCUGUGCAUCCUUUUGGCUUUGUGUUAACAACUCUUGUCAAUGUUGGACAUCAUUACUAGUAAAUUGCUUUCUUCUUAGUUAGUUUGUCUUUCAGUAAUUGAAUGAGAAAAAAACUUUGUUGUAAUUAUGAUGUUUACUCUAUAUUUAUUAUUUUGGUAGUAAUUGAAAGUGGAUCUCAAUCCAUUUUUACAGGCAAGUUAAAUGUUGUUUUAAAAUCUAUAUAUAAAGGAAGUGUUUGCUGUUA